GGGGUCCGUUCGAAGCUUUGAUUUGGUCGAAGAAAGGCGACUUUGGAGAAGCUGGGUCGUUCUUUUUCUUGUUAAAGAUUUGUAAAGGAGGGGUUUUCUGAGAUGGGCGGUUGCUGUUAGUGCGAGACUUGCUGGUUUGAAGUGAGUGCGAUAAUGUUUAGGCUCUCUUUCUUUUCAAGAAAAAGAAGAUGUAAAGAUUCGGCUUGUGUUGCGCGAUUUGAGCUUUACGCCGUGGCUUUCUUGUUUUUUUGUUCGAUUGGGCAGGUUUUAGCUCUUGGGUCAUUGCAGUGCUUGCUGAAUGAUGCUGCUGCUGGUUGGUUGGUUUUUUUGAGGCAUAAUUUGGGUUUUGAAGGAUCUGAAAUGGGUGUAGCUGGAGGGCUGAUUACGUUCAGCGAGAGCCCGAGUCUUCGCUGCUCGUGAUUGAAAAGUCUGAACUUUCGAGAUGAACGGGAAGUGGUGGACUGCGAGUCUAGAUGUGGCGGAAGACGUUUGAAUAGAGGAAGAAGUCAUAGAAGUCGCAUUGAAGUCUACUGGAGGAGGAUGGAUAGGUUACUGUCGUCGCUUAGAUAUUAGUUCUACAGCUUGGGUUAUGACAGAAAUGGUGCUGUAUACGAAUUAGAAGUAUCGGAACACGGAGAAAAGGGUUCUAGAGAGAAGCUAUGGAAGAUUACUUGAAAUAUGCCCACAGUCCUGCUCACUUGGCAGUCUUGCGUCGUGACCACACCUCCCUCAGGCGCAUCAUUUCUUCCCUCCCUCGGCUGGCAAAGGCGGGUGAGGUUAACACUGAACCCGAAUCCCUCGAGGCUGAGCAAAGGGCGGAUGCUGUCUCGGCUGUCAUUGAUCGGCGUGAUGUUCCUGGAAGGGAGACCCCGCUCCACCUUGCAGUGCGUAUCCGGGAUCCAGUAUCUGCGGAGAUUUUGAUGGCAGCUGGUGCAGAUUGGAGUCUCCAGAAUGAGAAUGGCUGGAGCGCUCUGCAAGAAGCCGUAUGCACUAGAGAGGAAUCAAUUGCUAUGAUUAUCGCACGCCACUACCAGCCCCUUGCUUGGGCCAAAUGGUGCCGGAGACUUCCUCGUAUAGUUGCUUCAGCUGCUCGUAUACGUGAUUUCUACAUGGAGAUAACUUUUCAUUUUGAAAGCUCAGUGAUUCCAUUUAUUGGUCGUAUUGCUCCAUCGGAUACGUAUCGCAUCUGGAAGCGUGGUUCCAACCUUCGAGCUGAUAUGACCCUAGCUGGUUUUGAUGGUUUUCGAAUCCAGAGAUCGGAUCAGACUUUUCUGUUUCUUGGAGAUGGCUAUACUUCUGAGGAUGGUAAUCUAUCUUUGCCAAGGGGGUCUUUAAUCGUUCUUGCACACAAGGAGAAAGAAAUCACAAAUGCUUUGGAAGGAGCUGGUGCCCAACCAACUGAGGCAGAAGUUGCGCAUGAGGUAGCGUUAAUGUCUCAAACGAAUAUGUAUAGGCCAGGCAUUGAUGUUACUCAGGCAGAGCUUGUCCCACAUUUAAAUUGGAGGCGGCAAGAAAGGACUGAGAUGGUUGGGAGUUGGAAAGCUAAAGUCUACGAUAUGCUCCAUGUGAUGGUCAGUGUGAAGUCGAGGAGGGUUCCUGGUGCUAUGACAGAUGAGGAGCUUUUUGCUGUGGAGGAUGAAGAAAGGAUGGUUCAUGGUGGUGGAAAUGAUGAUUAUGAUGAGGUCUUGACCGCUGAGGAGAGGGCUCAGUUAGAAUCUGCGCUCCGUAUGGGAAAUGCAGAUGGUCUUGAGGAUGACGAUAAUGCGAUGGAUGACUGUCAUGAAAAUGGUUCAGCAGGCGCUCACGAAAAUUGUGAAUCCAAUGGUGUUCUUAAGGAGAAGAAGAGCUGGUUUGGUUGGAAGAAGGGGGCAAAGAGUGGAACUGAUGAUCCUGAUGAUACAAAAAUAUUAAAGAAGUUCUCGAAGUUGGCUCCGGAAGGUAGCAAUCAAAAGUCAAUGGAUCAUCAAAAAGCAUCCUCUGAGCUUGCGAAGGAUGACUUGGUAGAUUCUAAGAAGGAAAAGGAGAAAUUUGCCAAGAAAAGGAAGAAGAAAGUGGUCAAUGGUGAAUCUAAGCAUGAAAGUGAGUAUAAAAAGGGUCUGAGACCUGUUCUUUAUUUGACACCAGACUUCCCUCUGAAAACAGAUGAGCUCUUACCUUUGCUUGACAUCUUGGCCAACAAAGUUAAGGCUAUUAGGAGACUCAGGGAGCUUCUGACUACAAAACUUCCAUCUGGCACAUUUCCUGUCAAGCUUGCCAUACCUAUUGUGCCCACCAUCAGAGUUCUUGUCACAUUUACAAAGUUCGAGGAACUUCAACCCCUGGAAGAAUUUUCGACCCCUCCCUCGAGCCCAGCGCAUUUCCAGGAUGCGAAAUCGAAAGAAUCUGAAGGGUCGUCGUCAUGGAUUUCUUGGAUGAGAGGGAGUCGUGGUGGGCAAUCUAGUGACAGUGAUAGUCAUCGUUACAAGGAUGACUUCGACCCGUUCCACAUUCCAUCAGACUACACCUGGGUUGAUGCGAAUGAGAAGAAACGUCGCAUGAAAGCAAAGAAAGCCAAGAGCAGGAAGCAUAAGAAACCAGCAGCUGCCAGAAGUGGGGACGUGGGGCAUCAUAGGAGUGAACACAUGGAAGAACAAUAGCUUGUUUGUUACUCCUAGCUUCAAACUCAGUGUUGAAGGAGAGCAAAAGGCCAUUGUGUCUAAAAUCUAACAUCAUUGUUCUGGUUGAAAUUCACCUCAGAGGUUGUGGGAGAGAUUUCUGGGGGGCAAUUGUGUCUGCCUGAAGAGUGGAAGAUCAGUGGUUGCUCGACAAGAAGAGUAGGAUCUUCUUCAAUUGUUGUAUGGCUCAUGUGAUGAGGAGCCGGUGAUAGAAUUCAAUCUUCGCAUUGCUUUAACUGCUUGUUUCUAUUGUAGUUGUUGUCAAACAACGAUCUUUGUAUCUAAAUCUUCCAUUGUCCCGCAUAAACAUGUCAUGAUGAUUGAUGAGUAUUCUUUUUUAUUCGUCUUUUCAGCAAAA